AUGCGCGCGCCGGCCCCCGGGGUCUCCUAUGAGAUAAGCCCACGCCCUGCGGGGUUCCGGAGUCCGCGUGCGAGGUGGGCCGUUGCUGCACAUAAGGAACGUUCGAAGUUGCCGGUUAACGUUGCCGGCCGGUUAGUCACGCCGCCUCCGGGGCGGGAGGGGGCGCUGCUGCGGCAGAGAAACGGUGAGGGAAGCUCCGCUGCCAGGAAAACCUUCCGGGUCGCUGCUGCUGCUGGCAGGAUAGUGAACGUCCCCAAAACCCGCAGGACUUACUGCAAGAAAUGUGGCAAGCACCAGCCCCACAAAGUGACCCAGUACAAGAAGGGCAAGGACUCUCUCUAUGCUCAGGGAAAGAGGAGAUAUGAUCGGAAGCAGAGUGGUUAUGGUGGUCAGACAAAGCCUAUCUUCUGUAAGAAGGCCAAAACCACGAAGAAGAUUGUGCUGAGGCUUGAGUGUGUGGAGCCCAACUGCAGGUCCAAGAGAAUGCUGGCCAUUAAGAGGUGCAAGCACUUUGAGCUGGGAGGAGACAAGAAGAGAAAGGGCCAGGUGAUCCAGUUCUAAACUCCAUCUUGUUCAUUGUUAUGGAAUCCAUUAAAGUUUGUGGAAAGAAAAA